GAGCGGUGACGCGGGGCGGCGGUUAGACUCCGAAUUGUGGGGAACGUUCGAGUCUAGUGAUGGCGCGCGUAGGUUUGGUGGUGGUGCGGUUCGUGCCGCUGCUGUGCUGCCUUGCCCUGGCGCUCUGCAUCCCCCGAGUCGACGUGCAACCCAAGCCGUGCCAGGCCCCGGAGCAAUGGGAAGGCAGGGCCGUCGUUUACGACCACAGCACGGGCAGGAAUAAUCGGGUACUUCUUUCAUACGAUGGUAAAAACCAGCGCGUCCGGGUCUUGGAGGAAAGGAAAGGUCACAUUCCCUGCAAAAAAUUUUAUGAAUACAUUUAUCUGUUUAAAACUCCAGUCCUUUUCAAGAUUGAGCAAGUGACAAAACAGUGCUCCAAACUACCCCUCUCUCAGCUGUGGGAUCCAUAUGAUAUCCCUGAGAACUCCACUUACGAAGAUGAAUACAGUAUUGGUGGACCAGGAGACCAGAUUAAGGUUCAAGAAUGGUCAGACAGAAAACCUGCUCGUAAAUUUGAAAGAUGGAUUGGAAUAUACACAGUUAAGGAUUGCUAUCCAGUGCAAGAGACAUACACCAAGAGCUACAAUGUAACAACAUCUACUCGCUUUUUUGAUCUGCAGCUAGGGAUCAGUGACCCAUCUGUCUUCACCCCACCAAGCACCUGCCAAGCAGCCAGUCUGGAAGAGAUGAGCAAUGACUGUUCAUUAUAGGUAUUAGCUUCGGCAACACAAUACCAUUUAUCAAGUGCAUCUGUCAGUAUCAACUUUUUCUGUAAAAUCCCAUGAGUUGUCAACUCCUUUUGGCAGCUGUUGUUUAAAGCUGUCUGUUCAAUUCUGUGUGAAUAGAACUGUUCUGUACACUCAUUGAUUGUGGUGUUACCAAGAAAAAAGUGGAUGUUUUGCUUGCGAUCUUCCUUGUUUAUACAUAAAUGUGCUUAAGGCUAGCCUUAUUUGGUUGAUAUGCAUAGCUGAAGCUACCUAUAAGCUAACUGCCACCUAGUAAUAGUAUUGCUACAAACAUAUACAAGUAAUUAAAUGUAGUUAAGUUGUUGAUUGAAUUAAAUCGUUAAGGCUAUAUCUAACCAGCUAAUGCAGUUCUAUCUAGGGUACCCACCAACGAAUAAGUGAGAUUUUAUUAUAGUGCUUGUGAAUUAUAAGCACCAUUUUAAUGUAUUUAGAAAGGUUAAAGUUUUGGCUCAGACAUCAAUAUCUUUGCCUCAAGGGACAGAAUCCUUUAUUUUACCUUUUUCUUGCUUGAGAAAGAACAGUUGUUUUUCAGCAUCAAAAUUGCUUUUGCAAUUGUGCAGUUAAAAGGUGGGAAAUUUGCUUAAUACUGCUUCAAGGUACUAUGUAGGAAUGUCAAUUUCUCAAAUGCAGACAAUUCUAUAGAGUACCAUUUAAAAUUGAUGUUGAGAAUGAAUUUAACUUCACCAUCCUGAAUUGAUGUUAACUUAUUCCUCCAGAGUGGCUGGGUUGUAAACUCUGCUUUGCUGUCCUAAGAACUGUUCAGACUCUCAUCCUUUUCAAAGAAAACAACUAUCCAAUUUAUUGUUUUGAAGGUGUGCUUUAAUGAAAUACGUGGAAGAACAGUUGAUUGCUACUACACAUUUUAAAUGCAUAAUUCUCUUAAAGGUGUAUUUGUUUGUAAAUUGAAUGAUUGGUGCAAUCACUUAAUGUGCAGUGAUUUUUUUUCAUAAUUAUGACCCAUAAAAUUAAAGAUUUCCUCCCUAUCA